UAUUUGUUACUAUACUGUUACUGUAAGUUCGCCUACUGCGUUUGAAUCGCUGCUGUUCGCUACCCGUUCCUUCGUCAGUCGAUACAGACCGUUCCCAUUUGUCAGGUCGUCUAUCGUCGAUUAGUUUUGUUACGUUCCGCGCUACACAAUGAAGUUCCAGUACAAAGAAGACAACGUUUUCGAGAAAAGGAAGACUGAGGGCGAGAAAAUCCGGAAGAAGUACCCCGAUAGGGUCCCGGUGAUUGUUGAGAAGGCCCCAAAAUCGCGUAUUGGUGAGCUCGACAAGAAAAAGUACCUGGUACCCUCCGACCUGACGGUUGGGCAGUUUUACUUCCUCAUCAGAAAACGCGUUCACUUACGUCCAGAAGAUGCCCUGUUCUUUUUCGUCAAUAACGUCAUUCCUCCAACCAGUGCCACAAUGGGAUCAUUAUACAAUGACCACCGCGAAGAAGAUUACUUCUUGUAUAUUGCAUAUAGCGAUGAAAAUGUUUACGGACGAGUGUAACUCACAUCUAAAAUAUCGGUUGGUUGUUUUUUCAUUGUUCAUUUCAAAAUGCACUCCUUGAAUACAUAAUGAACUAAAAAAAGAAAUAAAAUGUAUUAAAAAUUGGUUAAUAUAUUAUACCAAAAACAAAAAAAAAUAAUAAUACUAUUAUUAUGUUUAUAAUAUAAGCUUCUCAUACAUGGUGGUAUAAAAACUAUUUUAUAUUGCAACAAAAAGUAUGACAUGUUUAUGUAUUGUUAGAUACUUUGUAAAUUAUAAUUUUGCUAAAAUAUUAACCUUUGUUUGAUUUCUUAUUAUUUGUAUUAAGCUUACUAUGACUUGUUUAUAAGAUAUUUAUAGCUAAAUGUUUUGGUGUGCUAAUUCUGUGUGUAAAAAUAUUUUUAAUUAUUUUGUCAUUUCAGAAAUGAUUAGCAUUACAAACAUUUGGCCACUCAUCCUGUAUAUACUUAUAAUUAUUUUAAAUAAAUUCUUUAUUAUAUAUUAGUAAUA